GGAGGGGCAGGAAAGAGGGCUAUAAGGGCCGCGGCCCAGGCGGGCGGGAGCCAGGCCGACCAUGGCGGAUGUCCCCGGGGCGCAGCGAGCGGCUCCGGGCGGCGGCCCGGAGCCCCGGGACCCCCUGGACUGCUGGGCCUGCGCCGUGCUGGUCACGGCCCAGAAUCUGCUGGUAGCGGCCUUCAACCUCCUCCUGCUGGCGCUCGUGCUGGGGACCAUCCUGCUGCCCGCUGUCACCAUGCUGGGCUUCGGCUUCCUCUGCCACUCCCAGUUCCUGCGCUCCCAGGCGCCGCCUUGCACGGCGCACCUGCGGGACCCGGGCUUCACGGCCCUGCUGGUCACCGGAUUCCUGCUCCUCGUGCCGCUGCUCGUGCUCGCCCUGGCCAGCUACCGCCGCCUUUGCCUGCGCCUCCGCCUGGCCGACUGCCUCGUGCCCUACAGCCGAGCCCUUUACCGGCGCCGGCGCGCCCCGCAGCCGCGGCCAACCCGGGCCUCACCAGGGUCCCAGGCCGGCUCCACAUCAGGGAAGGUCUGGGUUUGAGGACCCUCGAGUCGGGAAGUACCUUCACGACCGCACCCGCUUCCAGUCGCCCCAAGGACUUGAAGCCCGGGGGUCUCCCGACCUUCCCUGUCCCCACCCCUGCCCCAGCCGGGUCCCAGCAUCCCCUUGGGGGAACCGGAGCAUCUGUGGACCCAAAGCUGGCGGAAAUCCGCCACGCCCCGGAAAACCCACUUUCUUACUACCUACAUCUGAAUCCAGGACAUCUGGGCUGGACCCUGUGCACAUCACCACUCCACCCCCAGCCCUCCCCGCCUCCCACCAUUCGGACGAACCUCGCGUCCUCCUUUCCCGGCGCAGCUCCUCUAGUAUUUACGGGCUGGGGGGCGAGGUUCGAGGGGUAAGGAGUGACCCCACAUCAAUAAAGAAUUGAGGAACUGAA